CUUACAUGACAGCUACUGCUGAGCCUAGGACAAAUAACCACCAACAAUCACUGAUAAAAAAAAAAAAAAAAAAAAAAAAAAACCUGAUUCAAGCAUAGCUGGGAAAGAAGAGCUCUUAUGAUACUCCAAUGCAGUAGCUGUGGAUCAUAUUUUAUAAACUUGGGACUUUUCAAUUUUUUUGACUUUAACGAGAUCUGAAUGAAUGAGUGGAUGGGGUCAGAUAUAAAUGUGUUGGGGCCGCUUCAGCUGCCUGCCAGUGAUGGCUUUUCUUUAUCUGAAAACUCCCAGUUCUUUGAUUUGCUGACUGAACAAGACAGCCCUCUGAUGCAUGAUCCAGAUGUGCUGUCCUUCCCCAGCUAUCCCAGCAUGCAAUUCUCUCCGGUACAGCCACCCAUGGCCUCCCCACCUUACUACUCCAACCACAGUUACUACCUUCAGUACCCUGAGGAGUGGUACUCCACUGCUGGAGUUCAUGAACUGAGAAAACUGCCCUGUGAGAACAGAUAUGAAAAGGGGAUAGAAGGGAUUACACCUGUGUGCAAGAGGUCAAAACAGGCACUUCAUGCAAGGCGGAUAAAGGGGGAUGAACUAUGUGUAGUUUGUGCGGACAAGGCCUCUGGAUACCAUUACAAUGCACUUACUUGUGAGGGAUGCAAAGGUUUCUUCAGGAGGAGUAUCACAAAGAAUGCAGUGUACAAAUGUAAGAAUGGCGGGAACUGUGAGAUGGACAUGUACAUGAGGAGGAAGUGCCAGGAGUGUCGACUCAGGAAGUGCAAGGAGAUGGGAAUGCUCUCAGAAUGUUUGUUAACAGAGAUACAGUGCAAGUCAAAGAGACUAAGAAAAAAUACCAAGCUGUCAUCUGAUGAGUGCGUCAGGGAAGAGACUGAUGGUGCUGAUGCCAAGCAGGUCACAUCCACAACAAAACCUUCAAAGAAUGUUGAACUCACCCAGGAAGAGUUAAGCCUCCUCAAUUACAUCUUUGAAGCCUACAACAAGUAUCGCAUUCCACUAGACAUGACCAAAAACCUUCUCCAAGAGCAGUUCAGUGCUGAUGAAAACUUUAUUUUACUCACUGAAAUGGCUACAAGUCAUGUGCAAGUACUGGUGGAAUUUACAAAAAGGCUUCCAGGAUUCCAGUCUCUGGACCACGAGGACCAGAUUGCUUUGCUAAAGGGCUCUGCAGUAGAAGCAAUGUUCCUUCGAUCUGCACAGGUACUUACCAGGAAGCUGCCGCAUGGGUACAGUGAGGUGCUGGAGGACAGGAUUCGGAAGAGCGGUAUAUCAGAUGAAUACAUCACCCCAAUGUUCAAUUUCUACAAAAGCGUUGGAGAGUUGCAGAUGACUCAGGAAGAGCAUGCUCUUCUAACAGCCGUAACUAUCCUGAGUCCAGACCGUCCCUUUGUGAAGGAUGUAUUGUCUGUAGAAAGACUUCAGGAGCCUAUGCUUGAAGUUCUGCACAAGUUCUGCAAGCUGCACCACCCACACGACCCCCAGCACUUUGCCCGUCUACUGGGGCGCCUGACUGAGCUACGGACAUUAAACCACCACCACGCAGAAAUGCUGAUGUCAUGGAAAGUGAAUGACCACAAAUUCACACCCCUGCUCUGUGAAAUCUGGGACAUGCAGUGAAAUCUACAGGAACUCUAUUUCCUUCAUUUUCAGUAUGAUCUUCAAUUAUGUUUUGAAACCAAGGCUUUCUUACUGUCAUACUGGGCCACAGAUUAAUAUUUUCUGGCACGAACAGCAGAAAACUACACUUUUUAAAUUAAAAGUGCUCCCCUUUCUCCCCAUAUGUCAGCCUCUAUGCAGUAGCUUUAAAACAGAAAAAAGACACUGAGCAUUCAUAGUAUAAUAGAAAAUCCAGUGUUUCACUGGAGGGGAUGGUAGCGAAUGCUGUUUUAACCAAAUCAGAACUGUUAUUCCAUUAGCACCCCCUUCUGGAACAAACACAAAAUUGCAGUUCCUACUCUGAUGACAAAUACAACCUGUGAAGGACACUGAAAAUGGAUCUACCAAAUCACGCCUAAGCCUAUUCAGCUGUCUGAUAUGCUUGUAUUAUAUCCAAUGGUACUGUUGUAGUAAACUUGUUGUAGAUAGCAAGACAAAACUGAACUGCAAUAUAGCUCACCAAUGUAUGGCAUGCUGUGUGCUCAGUUUUCCUAAUUUAUUAUUGUAGCAAUCACUUUUAUUGUAAAUCCACAUAACAGAACUGUCUAUAGAUAUAUACUGCUGUCAAAUGAUUUUAAAAAAGCUAUAUUCUCUGAAACAUUUACUAAUGUUUAAAAAAGAUUAAUAUCCUACUGCGUCUAUGACACAAACUAGUGCUUAUAUAUAAUUACCUACAACAGUAACAACUGCAUGUUAAUCAAGCUUAAGUUUAAAGGUUCACCAAAUGUGGGAGGCAAAAUGAUUGCUCUUCUUAACAUGUCAGGGGCUUUCAAUUAAAAUAUUGCUUUAAAAAACUCUUUGUUUUUGGUUAGUGAGAAUUGUAUCCUGUGAGAAGAUCAGAAGGUGUGAUUGAUCUGUUGCUCAUUAAAUCUGCUGCACCUGAUUCUGAAGUCAAUUAUAAACUAUUUCUUGUUGUGAGGAUUUAGCCAUCCUAAUUGCCUAGAUAUUUGGAAGCUAUAAUAUCAUUCUCAUUGCACUGAUGAAUACAACCGCUUCUAGAGUGAGCUGGUACAGGAUCAUUAUGUACGUGUCCCUUACAUCCACUAGGGAUAGAUUAUUGGUUACACUGUGGUGUAUCAUUCUGAAAGCUGUAAGGAGGCCACUGGGCUGAAAAUGGGUGACAUUUAUAGAAAGUGAAUAAAAAACAAUGGGAGUACAUUAGUUAACAUAACGCUAAUAUGUCACACACACAUAGUUUGCCAUGCAUAGUCUGUAUCUAAAACAAAUCCUCUUUAAAUAACUGAUGAGAUUAGCCUUGUUAACCCAAUAAUCUAUUUAUUUUUUUAACUUAAUCCCAUUAGAUCUUGUAUUGCUCCAGUAGGUGUCACUGUAAUGCAAGAUGAAAUCCAUCACCCACUAUUAUCAUUGCACUUGACAGUAAUUUAAUCUAAUAGCUGAGGUUGUUAAGCAAUCGCAAAACAAGAAAUGCAUUUUAACCCUAAGUGGAUAGCUCUUAUCCCUCAUCUUACAUAUAAAUGUAUUUAAAGUCGUCAUACAACAUUUUAAUUUACAUAUACAAACGUUUGUAUUGUUAAGAUAUGUAAAACCAUAUGCUAAAUAUGCUAAACCAAUUUUGAUGAACCUUGAAUAGGACAUUAUCAUGCACAAGAUAAUAAGAGCAUCAGCAUCUGUGAGAAUAUGGAAGCCCCCUAUUUGCCUGUAUGUUAAACAUAUAUACAGCUCUGGAAAAAAUUGAGACCACUGCAAAAUUAUCAGUUUCUCUGG